UGUUGUUCAAAACACGUUUGUGAUAAAUUCCCCACCGGCUCCACCAAUAAGGAAACUAUAAACUUGAACCAGACUUUCAGUUCCCUACUGUUUUUAUUUUGUGAAUAGUGUGAUUUAUUCAGGUAACAUUCAUAUCUGUAAAUCACGCAUCUAGGAUCUGUAUUUACUUCGAACAGAAAUGAAGAGGCUGUGUCUUUUGUUUUUUUUCUAUGUUGCUGCGACUGUCGCCAGUGCUGAUGAAAUGAAAGCAGCCACAGUGUACUGGGAUGCUACACAUAAGACUGUACAACUGAAAGAAGGAGUGAUAGAAAAAGAGGGGGAUGCAUAUGGAUACCUCAAUGACAGCCUCUCUCAAACGGGCUGGAGUGUACUGGAGAUCCGUGCAGGGUAUGGGGAGACCCUUGAGCAUGAUGAGGUCACCUACUUCCUUGCAGGAUACUUAGAGGGCUUCCUCACUGCACCGCAAAUGAUUAGUCACUACGCCAACAUGUAUCCCCAGCUGAUCAAGGACCCCAAAGUUUUAGGUCCAGUGGAGCGCUUUAUGGUGAAGCAGGACUCGUGGACCAGGGAGCAGGUGAAACUGAACAGGAGCUCUGAUCCUCUGUGGCACCACACUGGCUUCAUAGUUGCCCAGAUGGACGGACUUCAGGCGGGGGUCGCACACUGGGCCAAGAAACAAGGCAAAGAGCCUUUGUCCCUAUUUGCUGUCCAGUUCCUGAAUGCGGUGGGAGAUCUGCUGGACCUGAUUCCAGCCCUGGUCCCUGGCACUGAGCCUCCUCUCGGACAUUUCAAAUUACCCGGAAUGGGCCACUGCUCUGCCCUCAUUAAGAUGCUCCCUGGGUUUGAGAACCUGCUGUUUUCCCACUCUAGCUGGUAUACAUACGCUGCCACCAUGCGCAUCUACAAGCACUGGGACUUCCACCUCAGUGAGCCCCACACUGCCACGGGCAAGCUGUCCUUCAGCAGCUACCCAGGCUUCCUGGUGUCUCUGGAUGACUUCUACCUCCUGGGCAGUGGCCUGAUGAUGACCCAGACUACCAACAACGUCUUCAACACGUCCCUCUUCUCCCAGGUCACGCCCCACAGCCUGCUGGCCUGGCAGAGGGUGCGUCUGGCCCACUCCCUGUCACACACUGGGGAGCAGUGGGCCAAUACCUUCUCCAGAUACAACUCUGGCACCUAUAACAACCAGUACAUGAUAGUGGACAUGAGAAAAGUGACCCUGGGCCAUAGUAUAGAGGAUGGGGCUCUGACAGUAGUGGAGCAGAUUCCUGGCCUGGUAGAGUUCUCUGACCAAACUCAGGCCCUGCGCAGGGGUUACUGGCCCUCGUAUAACGUGCCUUUCCACCCAAAGAUCUACACCCUGAGUGGCUAUGGGAAGAUGUGGGAGGAGUACGGGGAUGACUUCUCCUAUGACCUCUGCCCCCGGGCCAAGAUAUUUCGUCGGGACCAGGCUGAGGUUAAGGACCUAGACUCCCUCAAACACAUCAUGAGAUACAACGACUACAAAAAUGACCCCUACUCCAAGGGUGACCCAUGCAAGUCCAUCUGUUGCCGUAAUGACCUGAGGGAGAAAGACCCCAGCCCAGGAGGAUGCUAUGACACCAAGGUGACUGAUUUCCACAUGGCGCAAGAGUUCAGAGCGGAGGCGGUGAACGGUCCCACGACGCAGGGUGACCUCCCUCCCUUCUCCUGGGAGGACUUCAAUAGCACGGCUCACCAGGGUCUGCCAGACCACUACGACUUCCCCUUCAUCAGCAUGCAGCCUGCACUCUUCAUGCCCUGAGAGGUUCCAUAGGGGAGGAGGGAAAAGGUUGGAAGAGUUGCCUAUGGGGUAAUGGUGGAGGGAGGUUAAUGCAGAUAGUAUUCAAGUCUAUCAUCUUUAUUUACAGUCCAAUAUAGUAAAUCAGCCUCGGGGAGAAAUGCUGCAAUAAUGAUCAAGCUUCAGGGAAUUCUUACUUUAUGUGUGUUUUGUCAGUAGCCUACCUACUUUUUUCUUCAUGCACUCAGUUGACCUAUGUCUUGUGACAUUGACUAAGAGUUGCUGCUGUACUGCUGUCAUUUAGACAUAUUUUGAAAGAUGCUGAAUCAAUUUAGAAAAUGAUUGACGCCUGGUUUGUUCGGUGCCAAAUACUAGGUUUUUAAAUUCAGGUCAAUGACCUAUACCUAGAUUGAAAUUCAGUACCCUUUGUAUUAUAAUCAAAUCCUGACCUUGAAACUAAUUACAAUCAUGUUGUCAUAUGUUGAAUUCACUAUAUGAUAAUAUCAAUGCUAUUCUCAGGGCUCUUGAUCUCAUGUUUGUUGCAUGGCCUGCUGCUACGGUGGGUGUUUCUGUUUUUAUACAUGGAAGAAUAUCUUUCAACUUUGUACUUGUUUGAUGUCUUGGAAAGCUGCACUUCAGAAAUGUAUUUUCUAUGAUCGUUGUUAAUAAAUUUGAACAGUGCCCAUAA